UAUUAUGUCCAUUUUCUUCACUCACUGUCAACCAAACAACUAUCCAUAUCAAAAAAUUCAUAAAAAUGAUCAUCGCCUACAUCUUUUCGUGUAUACCAAACAACCACUAACAUUUGCCAACCACCCCAACGGCUCAACCUAAACAAUUUCCCGCCCCUCAACGAUUAACAACUUUACAAUGGAAAAAUUGAAGGCUGUCUCUCCAUUCCGACUUGCAGCUCUCCUCCGACGAGAAAAAGACCCUAAACUUGCUUUACAACUCUUCCUAAACCCUAAUUCAAACCCUAAUUCUACCCAUAAACCCUACCCAUAUUCCCUCCUCUCCUACGAUCUUAUUAUAACCAAACUUGGUCGAGCAAAAUUGUUUGAAGAAUUGGAAUUAAUCUUAUCCAAAUUGAAGCUGGAAACUCGUUUUACACCCUCAGAAAUCAUUUUCUGCAAUAUCAUUACUUAUUAUGCUCGAGCUCGUUUGGCUGAAAGAGCACUCCAUGUGUUCGACGAAAUGCCCUCGUUUCGAUGUGGAAGAACAGUGAAAUCCUUGAAUACCCUCUUAAAUGGGCUUUUAAUUUGCCGAGAAUUCGAUAAAAUGCAGAAAGUUUUUGUGGGUUUGGAUUGGUUUGCUUGCCCAGAUGCUUGUACUUAUAAUAUAAUGAUCAAUGCUUGUAGAGUGCAGGAUGAUAUGGUGGGUGCAUGGGAGCUGUUUGAUGAAAUGCGUAACAGAGGGAUUCGACCGAAUGAGGUGACUUUUUCGACGUUGAUUACAGGGCUAUGUAGGAGUUUGAAGGUUAAUGAAGCGCUUAAGUUGAAGAAAGAUAUGUUCAAAGUUUACAAUGUUGAACCUACUUCAUAUGUUUACGCCUCGUUGAUUAAGGGGCUUUGUGAGAUCAAAGAGUUAAGUUUGGCGUUUCAACUCAAAGAUGAGAUGCUAGAAAGGAACAUUCAAGUGGACUCGGCUAUUUAUACGACGUUGAUUACCGGUCUUUUCAAGGUUGGGCGGAACAAUGAGGUGUAUGUUGUUCUAGAGGAGAUGAAGAGCAAGGGGUGUAUCCCUGAUACCGCGACUUAUAAUGCACUCAUUGCAGGACAUUGUGCAGAGAAGCACUUUGACUUAGCUUUGCGAAGUUUAAAUGAAAUGGAAGAGAAGACAUUCAAACCUGAUGUUAUUAGUUAUAAUGUGCUUAUCAAAGCAUAUUUUAAGGAAGGGAAAAUAAAAGAAGCCAUUGAUUUAUUUGAAGAUAUGCCAAGGAGAGGAUGUAAACCUGAUGUUGUGUCGUACCGGAUAGUUGUGCAGGGGCUUCUAUCUGGGAUGCAAUUAAAGGAAGUGGCAUUUAUGUUGGAUGAAAUGAUAUUCAAGGGAUAUGCCCCUCAUCAUGCAACUGUAGACAAGUUUAUGAACCUUCUGCAUGAACAAGGGAAUUUGGAGUUGUUGUUUGAAGUGGUAAAUAGUCUAGCGAAAGGAAAUCAUAUUGAUUCCGAUUCUUGGACACUGGCAAUUUCAACCAUUACUUCAAAAUAUAAGCUUUUGAAUUUUCAUGAUGUUUUUGAUGAACUGACUAAUUCAUAUAAUUUGGCUCCUUGAACAUCAUUCUUCCUGUGUUCCUGUGUUAUUGUACAAUAUUAGAGUAACAAUUGGACCGAAUUGCCUAAUGGCUAAUGAUAAGUUUUUCACUUAAUUUAGGUACUCAUAAUUCAGCUAAGGACCUGUACUCCCCAACUUAUUUUCAGUUCACCUCACUUCGGUUCAAUUCAGUUCGGUUGCAAUCAGUUCGGUUCAAUUCAGCUCCAACUAUCAUUUCUUAGUUAUAAUUUAAUUCAUUUCAGUUCAAUUUAGUUCAGUUCAGUUGCCAUAAGUUCAAUUCAGUUCAGAUACAAUCAAUUUUGUUCAGUUCUGUUCAGUUGUUUUAUGUCGAAAAGAACAGGCCUAAGGAGUGUUAAUACUUUCAGUCUCUAACUUUCAUCAGCUCCUAUUUUAGACCUAGCCUCUAUGCUAUUAUAGAAUGGCUAGGCAAAAAUCUGUUAUGCCAGUAUAUAUGACUAAUACUAGAAAUGGGUGAAGUUUGAAUAAUAGUGUACAUGCUGUUUACGGCAAACUGCGUAUAUUUGGACCAUCCAAACUCCGCCAUGGGAAUUGGGAUGUAUCUAUUUUCGAGCUUUCAUGCUUAUAUAUAUAUAAGUAAAUAUCGAUGCUAUCAUGUUAAGGAACAACCAAGUCUAUAUAAGAGGCUCUCAAUUGUUUACUUUUGAAGCUAAUGCUACUCUCUUGUGGACUACCAAAAGCACAUUUCAUUCCAUUUUAGUGAAAAAGAUGGAAAUUUUCAAAAAAGAAAAAAA